ACAAGUUUUUUUAUCUUGAGACUGAGGAUAAUCUUUGCAAGUACUGCCACCCUGCGAAUUCCAGGCUGAAGAAAAAGUAGGGGAAAGGUAAACUCAAAGUCGAAAAGAAAAUUAUAAGGAAGAAAUCUGAACAAAGCACAUCAUCAAAAGCAGGAAGACUUUAAAAAAGAAUACUACAUCUUUCCUUCAGUGAUUUAAACUGUAAACUGUUGCUAUUAACAAUUUCCCAGGAAGAAAAGAAAUCCAGUAUUGGAAAACUCAGGCUAUAGUAUUAGUGAAGAGAGACUUUAGAGCAUACCGGGGGUGGUUAUGCUAGUAUUAGAUUUCGUUUAUCAAAAGCAAGACUUACAUCACUGAAAACCAGAUGAUGGAAGGAACAGAAGCUUUAUAAAACAGGGAUGAGAAGGCAAUGCAGCAACUUUCCUUAUUCUGAAUAAAAACACCAAUACCAAAAAGACCACUAUGCUCCAGCUUGCAAACCUCUGUAGGUUAUGGUGUGACAAUCAUAAGGACAUGCUAGUAAGCCCUACAUAAACCUGAUAAAAAGGUUAGCAAAUUUGAUAGCGUUUCUUUAAAAUAUAACAGAAAAAGAAUAAAUCUUAUAACAAAGAUAUUUCAGGGGUGGGAAGGUGGGGAAAGGAGUUGACACAGUGCAGUCAGAACCUGUUCGGAGACAUCAGGGCAAAGCUGAAGAAGGACCUGGAGCUGAAGUAGAAGCAUCUGAGGAAAACAAGGACAAAUCCAAGAAGAAGAGUAACCAGGAAGUGGAGUAUUAUGGCACUGGUGAAGGAGCUCCUCAGGGCCAGAAACCUGCUGCUGGUUGUGCUCAUUCCACUUCUGCUGCUUCCUCUGCCACUUCUAUACCCCAGUAGUGAAGCCUCAUGUGCCUAUGUGCUGAUAGUGACAGCUGUGUACUGGGUCUCAGAAGCAGUACCGCUUGGAGCUGCAGCCCUAGUUCCUGCUUUCCUGUAUCCACUCUUUGGAGUCAUGAAGUCCAGUGAGGUGGCUGCAGAGUAUUUCAAGAACACAACUUUGCUCCUAAUGGGCGUGAUUUGUGUGGCAGCUUCUGUUGAAAAGUGGAACCUACAUAAACGGAUUGCCUUGCGUAUGGUCAUGAUGGCUGGUGCAAAGCCAGGCAUGUUACUUCUCUGCUUUAUGUGCUGUACAACGAUUUUAUCCAUGUGGCUUUCCAAUACCUCCACCACAGCGAUGGUGAUGCCAAUUGUGGAGGCAGUACUACAAGAAUUAGUGAAUGCUGAGGAGGAGCAUGAAGUCAUCGGUACUGCAGGCAACACCAUUUCUGAAGAGAGGGAGCCAAAAGGUCUCAGCGAAAAACAUGGCCAAGCCUCAGUGGAGGUCAUUUUCAUCAAUGAGGAUGCUACGAUCACUGACUUCAGCUCCGUGGUACAUACUAAGAAUAUGAAUGGUGUGCACAUGAUAGCCAACCCAAUUGGAACUGUGAAUCCCCCAAACAAGGGGCAGAAUCUACCUCAGACUCAGAUACUUGUCCUGCCUCCUAACCCCAGAGAUCUGGACCUGAGCACUAAAUACCAGUACCAGUCCAGACACGAUCACAUGAUCUGCAAGUGCCUGUCCUUGAGCAUCUCAUAUGCUGCAACCAUUGGGGGACUGACCACCAUCAUAGGGACCUCCACUAGCCUCAUCUUCUUAGAGUACUUCAACAACCACUAUCCACAUGCUGAGGUGGUGAAUUUUGGAACUUGGUUCUUGUUCAGCUUCCCCAUAUGCCUCAUCAUGCUGGUCUUGACUUGGUUCUGGAUGCACUGGCUGUUCUUGGGAUGCAAUUUUAAAGAAACAUGUUCUGUGAGCAAGAAGAAGAAGACCAAACGAGAAGAGAUGUCAGAGAGGAAAAUUCAAGAGCAAUAUGAGAAACUGGGGGAUACUAGCUAUCCUGAGAUGGUGACUGGGUUUUUCUUCAUCUUGAUGACCUUGCUUUGGUUUACACGGGAGCCUGGCUUUGUUCCAGGCUGGUCAUCUUUCUUUGAGAAGAAAGGCUACCGGACUGAUGCUACUGUCUCUGUCUUCCUUGGUUUUCUCAUGUUCCUGAUUCCAGCAAAGAAACCACGCUUUGGAAAGAGGGAUAAAGGAGAUAGUGAAAGUUCUACAGAUAUUAACUCAGUGGAGCCAAUAAUUACAUGGACGGACUUUCAGAAGACCAUGCCCUGGGAGAUUGUAGUGCUGGUUGGAGGAGGUUAUGCUCUAGCAGCUGGAUGCAAGACCUCUGGCCUUUCAACAUGGAUUGGGCGUCAGAUGUUGUCCUUGAGCAGCCUUCCCUACUGGGCUGUCACUCUUCUGGCUUGCAUCUUGGUGUCCAUGGUAACAGAGUUCGUUAGUAACCCAGCAACCAUAACUAUCUUUCUGCCUAUUCUAUGCAGCAUGUCGGAAACCUUGCAUAUCAACCCUUUAUACACCCUGAUUCCUGUAACGAUGUGUAUUUCCUUUGCGGUGAUGCUGCCAGUGGGCAACCCCCCAAAUGCCAUUGUCUUCAAUUAUGGGCACUGCCAGAUCAAAGACAUGGUGAAAGCUGGCUUGGGUGUAAAUCUGAUUGGUCUAGUGGUUGUCAUGGUGGCAAUCAACACUUGGGGAAUUAGCCUCUUCCAACUGGAUACAUUUCCAGAUUGGGCAAUGGUCAGCAAUGUAACUGGUCAGCCAUAACUAUCAGUGACAAAACUUGUAGAAUCAAAGCUGAUUGGGGCAAAAUAUUUAAUUUAAAUUGCACAAAUAAGGAAGAAACUUGAGUGUAUAUAGAUUCAG